CCCCCAGCAGCCCAGCCUCCGUGGUCCAGAUGAAAUCCGCGAGUCGUGAUCUCUGUGCGGACAGAUUGACAGUCGAAGCUCUGCAGUAGCCAAAGGUCCUUCUUUCUGUCCUGUUCUUAUUGUUAGUUCUAUCGUGUCACGUUUGAUUCUGGACUUUGAGGCCCUUACGAAGACGAUUAACGAUAAGAUUGAAAAGAGGAGAUUUGCUCUCGAAUUGAAGCCAAUCGGUAGCAUCGUCGCUCGAAAAUGAUACCCUGGAAUUUUCUACUUGCACUGGUUUCAGUCUUCUGCUUGACCCCAGGAGAAAUUGAGGCACAGAAAAGUGGCUGGAACUUAACGCCGAACACGCAGUACCACAUUCAAACCGACGAAGGUCCCGAGCGCUACUUCCGGUAUCAGACUCUGAACGGGCAGUACCGGAAGGAAAAACGACUCGCGGAUGGCACCGUGAUCGGAACUGAGGGCUGGCUCGAUCCUCUGGGGUAUUUACGAAUCAAGGAUUACAUCGCCGACACGGAAGGCUACAGGAUACUUCGAUCCAAAAUGGUUUACGUCGGUAAAGAGAGACCAAUUGAAGACGCAGUAUCGAUAUCGAAAAAGGUGCCAGCGCAGAGUGGAAUCCUAGCAAAACCUCGAAGACCAGCCAAUCCGUUCAGGCAACCCGAGCUCAAGGAGUUGCCGGGCAACGGGAUCGAGGUGAACACAGUAACGCCUCUCCAUCCUGGGGUGCAUUAUCAACUGCCCAUCUCGACACCGGCGCCGGUCGCACCCCCGACAUUGUACUCGCCGUACAGGAAAACGGCACCUCUUCAGCAGCUGGAGGACGGCUACUCGCAGCCGAACACGAACUACCUUCCAACCUUCACCCCGUACCAGCCACCAUACGUUAAUCAGUACAACCAGAACCCGUACACCAGGUAUAACCAGGCUGCGUCGCCACCGUCGACGGUUUUCCAGCCGCCUCUGUACGACCAGAGAUACCCUGAAGUAGGCCAGGGCUUCCGGGCUUACGAUUCGACCCAGAACGAGACCAUGCGGAGGGACGAAAUCGUCCAGGCGAGUCCUCCGGUAGAGCAGAGGAGCCAAACUGCAGGAGGUGAGUUUCCGGAGUACGAUGGAACGCACACCGUGAAAGACGGGUUCCAGUACUACCUGAAGACCCAUUACCAUGAGGAACAGAACCAACCGAGCGAAGCGGAGAAGAUCGGUUCCUUCGGGUACAUCGAUCCCUUCGGGAUACGGAGGGUGGUUUACUACAAGGCUGACGCCGAGCACGGCUUUAUUCACAAGAAGAACAACCGUUACGUCGGGUUCCAAGCGACUCCUUACGACCCCCAGCUGCCAUCUAGAUCAUAGAUUAAUCGAGAUUGUUGUAUUAUUGUUAGCUUUUAAGAGAACCGAUCGUCAUCGCGUCAGGGAGAUCUGUGAGACGGGACCAUCCGCUCGGGGAUGUCAUAAAUUUGACAGUUGAAAAUGGAAUUGGUUGAAUCUAAGGAACUCAUGGAAUGACUGAAACGUACGUUGAAAUUAUGGGGAAAUCGAAUAUCAAGAUGAAUGAAAUCGCAUCAAGACUUCCGGUAAACCAUAAAUGGUUACGAUUCGUUAACAUUCCAUCGACAUUCAUCUUGUCAUGUGCUUUCAUUGAUUUCCAUUUUCUCAAUGACUUCCCAGCGUUCCAAGCAAUUUUCUGUGAUUCUACCACCGAUCCGGAAAUCGAUAAAAAUCUCGGAAUGCAUUGGACAUGAACGAAAAUCACUGAAACUAAUAUUCAAUAAAUCGGAGUCCAGAUUUCUCUGAUUUCAAAGUGAACGAAGCCCGUCGAGAACAAGUGCAAUUCGAUUUUCAUUCGAGCCUUGAGCUAACGAUCGUACAAACGAGAUCUUAGAUAACGAAAUGCUGGGAUUAUGCGAUCGUCCUGUGGGUGACCCUGCAGCGUGCUGAGAAGAGAAAAAGAGCCGCGGAUUAGCUCCGGUGGUCGACGGGCCUUUUAUAAGGGGCAAACGCGUGGGCCGGCAGCCGGACCUGCGUCUCCCACGCCGUUGGCUCAUUUUCGACUUAUAUCAUUUCUUUUCCUCCUUUUUAUACCUCCUCAUUUUUCAACGUACCUCGAGAUUAACUUAUCUCACGCUCCCACCACAAACAAGAGUAUUCGCUGUUCGCGGUCCGGUUUGUCACGAUUUAUCUCUCCCAGAGGCGUACCUCUGCGUUAUAUACAUACAUAUCUAUAUAAAUAUGAUGAACGUGGCAGCUGAAGGACUCACAGUGUGUGAUCGCGAGCUUGAACCAGAUUCGCAAAACCCGAUUUUGCCCCGGUUAUAACGAACUAUCACGAGUUAUGCGAACGAUUACGAAAUCUCGGAGAUAUAUCACAACGCGUUAUAAUAUGCUUGCGUCACAAUAACGUACCUACUAUAAAUCAUAAACUGAUUGGAAUUAUUCCACUUUGAAAAAGAGCCCGACGAUUUAUUACAUGCUUAUACGAUGUAAUGUUACAAUUACUGAUACACAUUUGUAUACGAACUUGCGAUCACGUUUAGAAAAAUUUACGAAAGUUUUAUCACGAUCGUUGUUUAAUUGUUAUGCUACAUCAUUGUCACGUCGUCACGUGAUGUUUCUCCAUCUUUUGACAUUAUCGCUUUUUGUUGUGUCUUUUUUUUUUAACCUGUGACUCGUAUCGCUAAUUAAAGUAGGACUUACAUUUUAUAGGCGAUAUAACAAUUUUAGUCAUACGUAGAGUUUAAUUUAAGAAUAAAUUGUUGCUAAUAUUAUUAAUAAUUAUUAGAACCGUAUACCUGUACCAGCAGCCCUGGCGAUCACUGUAUAAUGCAUUAAGAAAUAUUGUUCCACGUCGAUUUUCGACUAUCCUAUACUGGUUCACGAUAGUAUUAUUCAUGUUUCACCAUGAUAAUGCACGCUGGUCACAGGGCUGCCGAUGAAAAGUUUGCUUUGUAAAUAAAUAAAAUUUAUUACUUUUCCUAAUUGUGAUAAACUAA